GAGCAUUCUGGGACAUGUAACUUAAUAGGUAUACAAGUGGUGAUGGUUUGGUAAGGAUUUGUCUGGCUCAAACACAGGAAUGAAGCGCGUGUUCACCCUGGCGGACCGAUCCUGGGCCGGGUCCUGUGUCCAGUACAAGUGGCAGAAGACCCUGGGGAAUUACAUCGCUGUUGCAGGACCUGACAACUCUGUGAAGAUAUUUGACAGACAUGGGCAGAGGAAGAAUGAACUCACACUUCCAGGACGUUGUGUGGGAAUGGACUGGGAUAAGGACGGAGACGUCUUGGCAGUGAUCUCUGACAAGUCCAGUUCCAUCCACCUCUGGGACGCCAACGUCAACAAGACGUCACAAAUAGACAGCGGGAUGAGAGACCAGAUGUCAUUCAUCCUGUGGUCGAAGACUGGGCUCCUAUUGGCUGUGGGGACUAACAAAGGAAACCUUCUAAUCUACAACCAGCAAACGUCACGCAAGAUCCCUGUUCUGGGGAAACACACAAAAUGCAUCACCUGUGGGUGUUGGAGCUCUCAGAACCUGUUGGCACUGGGCAGCGAGGACCGCAGCGUAACCAUUAGCAACCAGGAGGGAGACACCAUCCGACAGACAUCAGUGCGUGCUGAUCCAGCUGAUAUCCAGUUCUCCGUGAUGAAGACAGAUGAGCGGUCUUCUCCUGGACAGAGCACUGUGAGCGUUGCAGUGGGGAAGAAGACCCUGUUCCUGUUGAACCUCAACGACCCUGAAAACCCUAUAGAACUGGCCUUCCAACAACGCUACGGACACAUCAUCUCCUACCGCUGGUAUGGCGACGGCUACAUCCUGAUUGGGUUCUCUCAGGGAUAUUUCGUGGUGAUCUCCACUCACAUCAGAGAGAUCGGUCAGGAGCUGUUCCAGGCUCACAACCACAAGGACAGUCUUGCCAGCGUGGCCGUCUCCUCAGCGCUCAACAAGGCUGCUUCCUGUGGAGACAACAGCAUUAAGAUCCAUGACCUGUCUGAGCUAAAGGAAAUGCACGCCAUUGUCAACCUGGAUGAUGAAACUAAAGGUCUGGACCAGUUGAGCUGGACAGAUGAUGGUCAGCUUCUUGCCUUGUCCACCCAGAGAGGAACGAUUCAUGUUUUCCUGACACGCCUCCCCAUUCUGGGACACAGCUGUGGGACACGCCUGGCCUACCUGACCUCACUGCUGGAGGUCACAGUGGCCAACCAUGUAGAGGGGGAAGCUCCUGUUGCCGUGGCGGUGGAAGUGGAGCCUAACUUCAUUGCCGUGGGACCCUACCACGUUGCCGUGGGGAUGAACAACCGAGCCUGGUUCUACGCCCUGGGAGACUCUGGUGUUGAGAAGCUGAAGGACAUUGAGUAUUUGGGCACCAUUGCCAGCAUGUGUCUGAACUCGGAUUACGCAGCGGCUCUGUUCGAGGGGAAAGUCCAGCUCCACAUGAUUGAAGGGGAGGACCAGCUUGAGCAGAAACAGACUAAAUUGUUCCCAGACGGAGACAGUAAAGAACGCAUCAUCAGCCACGCCCUCACUAACGACUUCCUGUUUUACGGCACAGAUAGUGGUGUAAUAGUGUGUGUUCUGGUAGAAGACUGGCAGGUGGUAAAUGAAUACCGUCACCUGGUUGGCGUCAGAAAGGUGUUUCCUGAUCCCAGCGGAACACGACUGGUCUUCAUCGACGACAAAAGUGACGGCUUCCUGCUGUCGCCUGUGGCUGUGAAUGACUCCUAUGUGGAGAUCCCGAGCUUCUCCCCGACCAUCACAGGUGUGUUGUGGGAGACCUGGCCGGCAGACAGAGGAGUAUUUGUAGCCUUCGACGAUGACAAAGCCUACACCUAUGCCAUGCAUAAAAACACCAUCUACGGUCCUCGGGUGGAAUUUGUAGGCAGCACUAAGCUCCCGUUCUCCCACAAGCCCCUACUGCUGUACAACGGCGAGCUGACCUGUCAGACGCAGAGCGGGAUGACCAGCAGCGUUGCCCUGAGCACACACACCUUCCUCACACACGCACACACCCCCAGCCCGCCCCCACACCCCCCCGAGGAACUCAGCAAGCAACUCACACAGGCACUCAUGCUGAAGAGGUUCCCGGAGGCGUGGGAGCUGUGUAAGGCGCUGGGCACGGUUGAGGGCUGGACUGAGAUGGGUCGGUCCUGUCUGGUUCACAUCGAGGUGGACCUGGCCAUCAGAGUGUUCCGGAUGAGUGGCAACGUUGGCAUGGUGAUGUCCCUGCAGGCCAUCAAGGGGACAGAGGACAUCAGUCUGUUAGCAGGACAUCUGGCCAUGUUCCUUAAUGACUACAACCUGGCCCAGGACCUCUACCUGCAGUCUUCGUGUCCCAGUGCCGCGCUGGAGAUGAGAAGAGAUCUUCAACACUGGGACAGUGCUUUGAUGUUGGCUAAAAGUUUGGCGGAGGAUCAAAUACCGUUCAUAUCUAAGGAGUAUGCCGUUCAGCUGGAGUUCAUUGGAGACUAUGUCAAUGCCCUGGCUCACUUUGAGAAAGGCCUGACCCAUAACAACAAGUUCAAGGAGCAUGAUGAAGCUUGUCAGGGGGGUGUGGCCAGGAUGUCAAUAAGGAUGGGUGACAUCAGAAGGGGCGCGGCCCAGGCCAUCGCUCAUCCCAGCAGAAUCCUGAAGAAGGACUGCGGAGCCAUACUGGAGAACAUGAAGCAGUUCUCAGAAGCGGCCCAGUUAUAUGAGAAGGGACAGUAUUAUGACAAGGCAGCAUCAGUCUACAUACGCUGCAAGAACUGGUCCAAAGUAGGAGAGCUGCUUCCUCAGGUGUCGUCUCCUAAGAUCCACCUGCAGUACGCCAAGGCCAAAGAGGUGGAUGGGAAGUUUCAGGAGGCGGUCCAGGCCUAUGAGAGUGCCAAGGACUGGGACAACGUAAUCCGGGUCCUGUUGGAACACCUCAACAACCCAGAGGACGCUGUCCGCGUCGUCAGGGAGACGCACAGCAUUGACGGGGCCAAGAUGGUUGCCAGGUUCUUCCUGUGUCUCUGUGACUACGGUUCAGCCAUCCAGUUCCUGGUGUUGUCUCACUGUAAUGACGAAGCGUUCCAGCUGGCCCAGCAACACAGACAGAUGGACAUCUAUGCUGACAUCAUUGGGUUGGAGGCCACCAAAGAGGACUUCCAGAGCAUAGCGCUCUACUUCGAGGGGGAGAAGAAGCAUCUGCAGGCCGGGAGGUUCUUCCAGAAGAGUGGGCAGUUCAGCAGAGCUCUGAAGCACUUCCUGAAGUGUCCCAACACUGAUGACAACCUGGCCAUUGAAAUGGCUAUAGAAACGGUGGGUCAGGCGAAGGAAGAGUCUUUGACCAAUCAGCUGAUUGAUUACCUGAUGGGUGAGAGUGAUGGCAUGCCCAAGGAUGCCAAGUACCUGUUCCGCCUGUACAUGGCCCUGAAGCAGUACAGAGAGGCAGCGCGGACCGCCAUUAUCAUCGCCCGAGAGGAGCAGUCUGCUGGUAACUACCGUAAUGCCCAUGAUGUGCUGUUCAGUAUGUACACGGAGCUGCAGACCCAGAAGAUCAGGAUCCCUGCUGAGAUGAACACCAACCUCAUGAUCCUACACUCCUAUAUCCUAGUCAAGAUACACGUUAAGAGAGGUGAUCACUUGAAAGGUGCUCGUAUGCUCAUCAGAGUUUCCAACAACAUCAGCAAAUUCCCCUCACACAUCGUGCCCAUCCUAACAUCUGCAGUAAUUGAGUGCCAUCGUGCUGGUUUGAAGAACUCGUCAUUCAGCUUCGCCGCCAUGCUUAUGAGACCAGAGUACCGCAACAAGAUUGAUCCCAAAUACCGGAAAAAGAUAGAGGCUAUGGUCCGCCGUCCUGACACCAGUGAAGUGGAGGAGGACACGACUCCCUGUCCGUACUGUGGUUUUCAGCUGCCCCAGUGUGAACUCCUCUGUCCCGGCUGCAAAAACACUCUGCCCUACUGCAUCGCCACGGGCCAACACAUGGUGAAGGAGGACUGGUCGAUUUGCCCUCACUGUGAAUUCCCUGCUCUCUACUCUCAGCUCAUCCAGCUUUUGGAGACGGAGAGUGUGUGUCCCAUGUGUUCUGAGACUGUCAUUGUGGACCAGGUGAAGAAGAUCUCUGACUGUUCUCACUACCUGCAACCUGAUGUCCUGGAGCACUGAAACAGAGCUGCUGUGCCCUGGUGGUGCCGAGGGGAACUACAGCACCAAAUAAGGGACAGUGUAACCUGGCAACCUGGGACAGUCCUCGUCUUUCUGUUUACUGUUGUUUAAAUGGGUCAACAUGGAGGGACGACUGAAAACUGUCGACAUUACCAUGAAACUGUUUUACCUAUAUUUGCUGAUGUACUGUACAUAUCAGCAGUGACUCUUGUUUUCUGUUCCUUCAUAUCGACAAUGUUUAAAAUAUCACCAUGUUCAACACAUCACAUUACUGGUGUUAUUUAUUGCCUCUCCUCAACUUUGCAACCAAUGAUGACAAUAAACACAUUUAUUGGAUUAAAUAAUAAUAAUAUAAAGUGCCUUAAUAUUAUCAAUGUAAGAAAGGAAAGCACAUGUAAAUGAACAUCUGGUCUAUUUAGCUAGUUUUGUCAGAGAUGUAGUUAAUACAGUCUAGGGUCUCCCAGGAUCAGAUUAGGUCCGGUCACUUGGUCUCCCAGGUUUAGAUUAGGUGCUCCACCCACUAAACCAAGCACCAUACCCCACCCACUAAACCAAGCACCAUACCCCACCCACUAAACCAAGCACUGUGCUCCACCCACUAAACCAAGCACCAUACCCCACCCACUAUACCAAGCACUGUGCUCCACCCACUAUACCAAGCACAUUACUCCACCCACUAAACCAAGCACCAUGUUCCACCCACUAUACCAAGCACCAUACUCCACCCAAUAAACCAAUCACCGUGCUUCACCUACUAUACCAAGAAUAGUACUCCACCCACUAAACCAAGCACCUUGUCUUACUUAUCAAAUCAAGUUUAUUUUCAUACUUCAAUUCCAGUCAUUCACAAACAUAAUAAUGAUGGGGGGGUCAAACAUGUCCUACUCAAUACCUUCAACUUUUGGAAAAUGCUAAAUGAAAAACAAACCCUAAGAAAAGGUCAUCCUGGAAAACCAAAUCCUUGUUCCUUGUUUUUUGGUUGCCCUUCUCACUCAUUCCAUACCCAGAUCACUCACUUUCAGUGUAAAGUUAAAUACAGGCUUCUUAUGAGGCAUUCUUCACCCACUGUAUUCACCUAAAGAAAGUAUUAUCUUGCUAAUCAACUACUGUGGUAACAUACAAUACUGAACCAAAGUUUUAGGUCACCUAACAAAAAUGUUCAAAACCAUUUGUCUGGAAAGUGUUUA